UUUAGUCCUUAAAUUCAAGGUUUUAUACUAUUUUUGACCCAAUCUGACUACCUUAAAUGACAACUUUACCCUUGCCCGCUUUUCAACUUUUUCUUCUCCCAUGUCCACUUUAGUCCUCGUUUUGUUCUUUCAUAGUCUUCUAGAUCUGUAGUUUUUUUCCGCGACCGCCCAAAAAAUUCUCUGAUCAGACGGUCGAUUGGAUCGGAGAUUUAAGGUAAAGAAAAAAUGGCGCAACAAUCGUUGAUCUACAGUUUCGUAGCUCGCGGCACGGUGAUCCUCGUUGAGUUCACUGAUUUCAAAGGUAAUUUCACCUCAAUCGCUGCUCAGUGCCUCCAGAAGCUUCCGUCUUCGAACAACAAGUUCACCUACAACUGCGACGGUCAUACCUUCAAUUACCUUGUCGAAGAUGGAUUCACCUAUUGUGUUGUUGCGGUUGAUUCUGCUGGGAGGCAAAUUCCCAUGUCCUUUUUGGAAAGAGUAAAAGAAGAUUUUAACAAGCGAUAUGGUGGUGGAAAGGCUGCAACUGCUCAAGCAAACAGCUUGAAUAAGGAGUUUGGCUCUAAACUGAAAGAGCAUAUGCAGUAUUGCAUGGAUCAUCCUGAUGAGAUUAGCAAGCUUGCUAAGGUGAAGGCGCAAGUGUCAGAAGUUAAGGGUGUAAUGAUGGAAAACAUUGAGAAGGUUCUUGACCGUGGUGAGAAAAUUGAGCUUUUGGUGGACAAAACCGAAAAUCUUCGCUCACAGGCACAAGAUUUCAGAACAACAGGAACGCAGAUGAGAAGAAAGAUGUGGCUUCAGAACAUGAAGAUAAAACUCAUAGUGCUCGCCAUCAUUAUCGCACUGAUUCUCAUCAUCGUGCUCUCAGUUUGCCAUGGGUUUAAGUGUUAAGCCCAGAAAAUUCAAAACUUCUGAGAUCUUUCUCACUCGGUACAUCGUAGUGCCUUCUCUUUUAUUGUUCGAUCUUCAAUCUAAUGUUUCUGCUUGAAUUGGUUUUGUAUAGAUAGACAUAUAUGUAUGCUACUCAUUUGCUAUAUUGCUUGCAUCUGAUGACAUUGAUCCCUUGCGAACCAGUCAGUACUUGACAAGAGAUCCGAAACUAUUAAAUGAUUUUGUUGACUGAAGAUUGCAUUGUGGUGGUGAUGAUAAAAAUUUGAGAUUGUAUUGACGAUUAUACGGCGUGAUGUGUGCUGGUUACUUUAAAUUUAGAUAAGAGUAGUGCCCUCUCUAUAUCGUUACUAGGGAUGGUAGUACAUAUAUAUACGUACGUCAUAUUCCGACC